AUGGUGACGAUGGGGACCAAGAUGCCCUUCCCUGAGGAGCUGGAGCUCCACUCCUUCCUCGAUCUCAACCUGCCCGUCACGGACCUGGACCCGUUCACGGCGCACACUGACUGGCUCAAUACCCUUCCGAGCCCAAAUCAUUCUGCAGACGUCAGCGAGAACAGUCUGAACGGAAGUGGUUCUUCGCACUAUCCGUUCGACGACCUCUUCGUGACGACGGACACCUUCCCCGUGGGCUCCAAGCACGAAAUACCGGCUGCCGAGUCCCCCGCUAGGAUCGGCCUGAAGAAGGAGGCCAAAUCCAACUCGAAUGCCAGCAGGGGCAGUGCAGACGGGAGCGCAGGGACAACACCCAAGCCCAAGGGCCAUCGCACAGCCGCUGCCAUGGAAAGAAACAGGCGGGGCGCCCGCAAAUUUAGGGAGCGCCAGAAGCAAAAGUUUAUGGACCUGACGAAUCGCGUGGAGAUGCUGGAGACAGAGCUGAUCGCGAUGAAGCUCUGUAAGCUCAAGAUGGAGGCCGACAAGACGCAGGUGGAGCUGCACGCAAAGCAGAUGGAGAAGACGCUGAGUGCCUUGCAGGCCGCGCACAGCUCUGAGGAACACCAGGGGGAUGACGCGGCGGAGGAGUUGGGAUCACAUGCGGUGACGAACGGCAGCGACAGUGUCUACAUCUCAGUGCCUGACAGCAGCCCGAUGCCGGCCGACAUGCACACCAUCAAGGGCCUAUCCUACACACAGGCGUUUGGGAUCUACAAGAGUUACGUGGCUGCACUGCGGCAGUGUCUGUCUGAGUUGGAGCAGGACAGUGCCAGUCAGGCUUCCCUGCAGAGAGUUGGAACCCUCGUCCAUGACCUGACGGUGUUCGCAUCGAGGAUGCAGGCGACCAGCACAGUCCCCCUGUGGCAACUCUACCACAAGCAGGAGUGCUGUCUGGACCCCACAACCUCCUUUGAGUUUGAGCGUGACCUACUGAGCACGCUGGACUUGGGCGACGACCAGAGGGCGGCGCUGGUGGCUGCGCAGAGGCGCUACCGCGGCGCGCUGCGAGCCCUGGCCAAGGAGCGCGCCACCAUCAACGCUGCCAUGGCCGCUGCAGCCGCGCCCGGCAAGGACGGCCUGAAGAAGGCGCACGAGGCCAUGUGGGCGCUGAAGGGCAGCCUUGCCAAGGAGCCCAGGUACACGGAGGCGUUCCUGAGCGCCUGCAUGCGCGCGCUGAUGCCGCUGCAGACUGCCAAGCUCAUCGUGGCCUUCUUCCCGCGCACUGUGUGGCCCGAUUUCAGCACCAUCUGCGCUAGCAUAGCGCUGGACGCCGGUGACAACAGCGUUCUGGACGGCCCCGUCUGA